ACCAGGAAGUCAUCAAGCCGCUGUUCUCUUAGGCUGGAAGGGAUUCCGCUUGUUGCAGCGGCGCUCUUACGCCAUUUCCGGUGCCGGAACCGGCCUGUGCGUGAGCGGGAGUGAUUUGGAACGCGCGGUGCUUGGGUUGGAGAAACGACUGGGGCGCUGGGAUCCAGUUGUUGGAAGAGAAUAGAGACGUCGGGAGUUCUCUGCAUUAAACACGUCUGUACUGUGACCCACCAUGGUCUUCUACUUUACAAGUGAUGUUAUCUCCCCGGCCUACACUAUAUACAUGGGAAAGGACAAGUAUGAAAAUGAAGACCUGAUUAAAUAUGGCUGGCCAGAAGAUAUCUGGUUCCACGUGGAUAAACUGUCAUCCGCCCACGUUUAUCUCCGGCUACAAAAGGGUCAGACAAUAGAGGACAUCCCUAAGGAGGUGCUGCUGGACUGUGUACAACUGGUAAAGGCCAACAGCAUUCAAGGCUGCAAGAUGAAUAACCUCAAUGUCGUUUAUACGCCGUGGGCCAACCUGAAGAAAACCGCAGACAUGGACGUCGGCCAGAUCGGAUUCUACCGGCAGAAAGAUGUGAAAACCAUGAGCGUUGAGAAGGUGAACAAGAUUGUGAAUCGACUGGAGAAGACAAAAGACGAGAGAUUCCCAGACCUGGCGGCAGAGAAGGAGGCGCGGGACCGCGAGGAGCGAAACGAGAAGAAAGCGCAGAUCCAGGAAAUAAAGAAGAAAGAGAAAGACGAAAUGAAGAAGAAAAAAGAAAUGGAAGAACUCAGGAGCUACUCCUCCCUCAUGAAAUCAGAGAACAUGUCAUCCAAUCAGGACGGCAACGACUCUGACGACUUCAUGUAACUGCCGCUGCCGCACCGGAGCACAACCUGGGAUCUCUCUCUGUCACCAAAAGAAGAAUCAGCAAACACAGAGUUAACUGUACAUCCAGCUCACGCUUUGCAGCUCCAGCUCCUCAUUUGUGGGUUCCACGGGCGUGGGAAAGGGGGUGAGGAAGUGAACCCCAUUUACUCAUCAGCUGCUUCUGCUAGAGCUGAGGAAAGGCUUGCGGGGAGUUGCUGUGCGGAUCAUAUAGGGAUCACUUGUACCUGCCCAGAUGCAUUAUGGACCAUGAAAGAGUUCUGCUUUCCAGGAUGGGACGUUUUGAUUGGAUAAAAAACGCUUUUCUCUCGGGUGACCCUAGAGGAAUUUUAUUUUUCAAGAACUUAAAGAGAAAAUCUAUUUCUGAUGUUCCUGAAGUCUCAAUGGAACCUGAGUCCGGCUCUGCUCCUCCCAAAAACUGCCAAAUCCUUCCAUUUUCCUUCCAUAUUCUGCUUUGGUUUUAGACGCCUGAAGAAGAAAUAAAACUGUCAUACAUUUA